CUAGAUAUCAGUAUACUCUUGAAGUAAUAUUAAAGAAUGAGCAACAAAAAUUUGUCUAAUUGAUGCUAAAUAAUCUUAUUCUUUUACAGGGAACUAGAAGGUCCAAAUAUGCACUCCUAUAGUUAUUUUUGAGAAAAUAUUGAGUCUAUCGGAGAAGUUAAGUGGCUGAUAGUCAAUAAGUAUCUUUUGCCUAAUAUGUGAUGAUGGUAUCAUUUAGGGUAAAUGAAAAUGAUAUUGUUUUGUACAUUAUGGAUGAUCAAAGGGAACAGUAGAAAAAAAUAAAGUAAUAUCUAUAAGAAUAUGCCUAUAUGCUAGAAGAAGAUGUUUUAGAAGAAUCAUAAAAUAUAUUCUACUUAGAGAAGUUAAAAGAAUAAAUAAGUAAGGAGAUAUUGGAAGGACUAAUAAUAAUAUGCUUCAAGAUUAAUAAUUAAUUGUUAGAACUUUACUUGAAUGAAAUGAAGCCUUUUAAUAAUUAUAAUAUUCUUUAUUGA